UAGCCAUUUGAUUCAAGUCGGGGGGGCCGGACAGCAGCAGCUGGCGCGCGCAAGCUAAGGGCGCGGUGUUAGCGCGCACCAAUAUGCAACGCACUUGCUCGUACACGGUCGUUGUGGCGAUUGAAGCAGGAUGUAAACGACGAGUGUGUUUCCCAUUUUGAGGGGAAAUUUAUCUUUUUUCCCGAAUCUGUGGAAGAAGAAAAGUCAGUUUUGAUACAGGAAUAUCUGACGUGAUGCAAUUCGAUUGACCGAGGAUACCCACUACUGUUGCUGCACUGUACUAUAACACAGACUAGAUAUGAUGGAUGGUGUCUUCUAGAUGUAGUUACAGCAGUGACUUCAUCUUUGCCCCCUCCUUUAACCCUAACCCCCAAGGGUGUAUGUAUUGAAAUUGAAGGAUUUAGGACUGUUAGGGUUCAGUACAUGUAAGUCCAAUUGAGAAAGUGAACACUCAUGAUGCGAGGAAAGCGUAAAAGGAAGUCAUCCAAGCCAAGCUAUCAUACCCCAGGUACCCCGUCAAAGAAGAAGAAAGCUGGACAUGAAGUGGAUCAUGUCAAGUUGGUUGUGGAGCCCAAACCAUCAACAUCUGGAUCUAAAAGGGGAAAGCUUAAGAGGAAGUCAUCUGGGUCAAGUCAUGAUGCCCCGAGUACAUUGUCAAAGAAGAAGAAAUAUGGACCAAAAGUGGGACGUGACAAACCGGGUGUGGAGCGCAAACCAGGAACGUCCCAAGCCAAGCCGUUAAAAGUCUGUAAUGUUAGGAGGACUCGUCAAGUUGGCAUCGUUGCCGCCUCACUGCAAGACCUGAGGGCAAAGAUCCGGACUGGCUUUCGUGCAGCUGGCAAUGAAUUUGAAAUUGUUCUUGAGGAGGACUGCACAAGAGUUGAAGAUGACAACUAUUUUCAAACUUUGUCUGACAACACUGUCCUCAUGGUCGUGAGUAAAGGAGAACAGUGGACAGAAGCUGCUACUUCACUCCAAGGAGAAGAUGAGGAAGGUUUAGUGGAAGUGGACGGGGCUGGACCCACAAGUUCAACCAACCGUCUGGACAGAGUGGCCAAAAGAAUUGCCAAAAACCCAUCUGUGAUGGCUUUCCUUCCCAAGGUGGAUUUAGAGGUUGUAGUAGACUCAGACAUCAACCGACUUCAAGUCUUGCUCUGUCAGUCCAAAGAAGAUGCACAAUUUAUCCAGGAUGCUUGUGAGAGACGGCUGAAUGAAAUGAUCCAAUCAGAAGAGGCCAGGAAUCUUCUCAAACUGUAUCACCGAGCAAAGACCAAGGCCAGAAAUGUUAAUGUUGCACAUGUAAGUGGGUCUCCACCCUCCAAGGCUGAGGUCAAAUCCUUGGCCAUCACGGUCAAGGCUCAGACCGAGUCACAGGAUUGGAUGCAGAGGUUAAGACCAAGACUAUUUGAUAUUUUUGGAAAGAUUCCAGGCCAAUCCCAGUUGUAUGGAGUAAAAUCCGGCAUCGUACAGUAAGUCGACAUAGUACAACUCGGCAAAUCUCUCAAGUUGGCAGUCUUACAAAAGACCCGAUCAUCUCUAAUUCAUUUCCAUAAGAAUUGUUAAUUCCAAGUUGGCUUUUAGAAGUUGUCAUUUCGCCUAAGUGUUACUCUCGGUCCCAUUUUCACAGACGAACAAGAGAAUCCUUUGUGUAAGUUGGCAUUUACAUGAACUGUACACGUACAUUGGCAUUGACCUCUGCCGCGGUGCAAUUGGCAAGAAGGGUUUAUGUACAUGUGAUAAGUCCCAUGGCGAUGUGACCGUUGCAUUGGUGUACAUUUAUGUAGC